AUGGAAAAAGAAUCAAAUGUGUUUGGCAAGAAGCCCAUGAGUUUCAGAUUCAAAGGAGAAGAGAGGUCUGCUAGGGUUUAUAGGUUCAAUUUCAAACAACACCAUUUUCUCAUCUUCUUCCUCUGCUGUAUCUCUGGUUCGCCGCCACAACACGCAUCAGACGCCGCCACUCCCUGCGUCCGCCGCCGCACGCUGCUUCCACCGCCGCCGCGCAGGACUCUGCCUAAACGCUUGGAGGAAGUAGAGGAAAGUGUAAAAGUGCUAAAAGAUGCAGCUAAGACGAGAAAGGUAGCAGCAGAGAAGAUUCUGUCUGCACUUUCUGUCAUUGAGAAAGCGAAAAUUGAUCCUUCUGGCUUUCUUGAAACCCUGGGUGGCAAUGAAUCUCCUGGGAGGACAUGGAUGCUAAUUUUCACCGCUGAGGUGAACAUAUUUCUAUUACUUUUUUGUUUGCUCGUUCUUUGGCUAUAAUCUGUUUCUCCCUUUGCAUGCUUAUA